AAAACAUACUCCCUCACACGGAUCAAUUCAGGCAUCAUAUUCGUUCUCGUAACCCUAAUUCACUCAUUUUAUUCAAAAUUUGAAUUUCUCCGUCGUUUCUCUUUCUCCCACCAACAAAGAAGCCCUAAUGGAAAUUUUCAGCAUAAUCGAUGUCGUCUCCCCCUCCUUCGUCGUCUCUAUCAGGGUCCUCCAUAACCCACUCAAACAUAUGUUCUAUCGUCUCCACCGGUACUCCCACAGCCAUCACCUCCAUCGACCGCCACUAGAACAGAAUUGGCAGAUAAACACUCACAUUUCAUCGAUGAAGAACUUUGAAGAGGAAGGAAUACAUGGAGUAGGAUGUUCACGCUCACUAACCUAUAAUAUAUUUCACAAAGAAGCAAGAAGAAGAAACGAUUUUGUUGACUGUGAUUUAGAGAAGGUGAAUCUGGUGUAUACUGUGUGCAGGACAUUCAAGAAUCCAACUGGUUUAAUGAAGCUUUCCACAAUCCAAUGUGAAAGACGACCACCGAAAUCAUCGAGAAAUCUUGGAUAUUCGAGUGUAUAUAAGGUUUUUUUGUCUGUCAUUUCUCAGAUCCGUGUCUCAUUUGUACAUCAACGUGUUUUUGGCCCGAAGACACCUCAUUUGGAGACAAAACAAGAGAUGAUGGUGAUGAGAAUCUCAAGAUCUUCAUUUUUCGGUGUAGAUGCUCUUUUGUAUUAGAUUUGUGUAUAUUUUGACCUUUUUUGUUAGCAAUCUUUAUGAGUGUCGACAUGUAUAUAUGUGUUACUAAAUUUAAUAUGUUUUGUUUUGGGUUUUUGCAAUGAAAAAAUGAAUGAUUUUAGUUUUUUUUUUUUUUCUUUUUCAGAUCUGGUUAUUCAUUUCAAAGUCGUGCUGCUUUGUAUAUCCGGAAGACCUAUUGUUUUAUAUUUUUCAUCAUUUUUGUUGCAUCAGAUCUGUGUUUGUA